UUUCUCUGUCCUACUUCAUUGGCCACAAAACAAUUACACUCCUCAAAGUCCUCUCCUCUUCUACACUCCCUCCAAAACUACCAAUGGCAAUGGCUACACAAGCCACGCUCUUUGCUCCGUCUUCCCUCUCCUCUGCAAAACCCACUGAUCACCGCCUAUCAUCCUCUUUCAAAUCAUCCGCCACACUCUCAUUCUCCGCCAAACCUGCCACCCGCCACUUCAUCAGGGCGGCUGCAGCUGAUGGACAAGCAGCACCAGCACCAGCACCACCAGCACCAGCAGCUGAGACCGCCGAGGCGCCUGCAGGUUUCACCCCACCAGAAUUGGACCCAAACACUCCCUCUCCAAUCUUCGCAGGCAGCACAGGUGGAUUGUUGAGGAAGGCACAAGUGGAGGAGUUUUAUGUGAUCACAUGGGAAUCACCAAAGGAGCAGAUAUUUGAGAUGCCAACUGGUGGUGCAGCCAUCAUGAGGGAAGGCCCUAACUUGCUCAAGUUGGCUCGUAAAGAGCAGUGUUUGGCACUUGGAACAAGGCUUAGGUCAAAAUACAAGAUCAAGUACCAAUUUUACAGGGUUUUCCCUAAUGGAGAAGUUCAAUAUUUGCACCCUAAAGAUGGAGUUUACCCUGAGAAGGUUAACCCUGGUAGACAAGGUGUUGGCCAAAACAUGAGGUCUAUUGGUAAGAAUGUCAGUCCUAUUGAGGUUAAAUUCACUGGCAAGCAAGCUUAUGACUUGUAAAUUUUUCAACAUCAAGCCAAGUUCAUAAUUUCAUGGCAUGAUGGAUUGGGAAAGUGCUUGUAACAAAUAUAAUGUGAUUAUUAUCUUGGUUUUUGUGAUUA